AUGCGUUCCUUGUUGAUUGCUGCCGUUUUGUUGAUUGCUUGUGUUGGUGUUGUGUUGGCUCAAGAGUACAAGCCUUUGGCCGAGAGUGAGAUGAAGAAGCUCUUCAUCAAGUUCUCCAGAAAGUAUGCCAAGGUCUAUGGUACUGAAGAACAUAAUAAUAGAUAUCAAAUUUUCAAGGCCAACGUUGAGAAGUCCAGAUAUUAUAAUCAUGUUGGAAAGAGAGAAAACUUCGGUAUCACCAAGUUCUCUGAUUUGACCCCAGAAGAAUUCAAGAGAAUGUUCUUGAUGAAGACUUACACUCCAGAGGAAGCCAAGAAGAUUUUGGCUGCCCCACAACAUGCCGUUCUUUCUGAAAAGGAAGUCCAAACUGCUCCAACCUCGUUCGACUGGAGACAACAUGGAGCUGUUACUCGUGUCAAGAAUCAAGGUGCUUGCGGUUCAUGCUGGACUUUCUCCACCACUGGUAACGUUGAAGGUCAAUGGGCCAUCAAGAAGGGUAAACUUGUCAGCUUAUCCGAACAACAAUUGGUUGACUGUGAUCACAACUGUGUCACUUAUCAAAACCAACAAGCUUGCGACUCUGGUUGCAAUGGUGGUUUGAUGUGGUCUGCUUUCCAAUACGUUAUCAAGAACGGUGGUUUGGACACUGAGGACUCUUAUCCAUACGAAGGAGUUGAUGACACUUGCCGAUUCAACAAGAGCAACGUUGCUGCUACCAUCUCCAGCUGGACAUCUAUUUCAAGUGAUGAGAGUCAAAUGGCUGCUUGGCUCGCUGCUAACGGACCAAUCUCCAUUGCUAUCAAUGCCGAAUGGUUGCAAUACUACACUUCUGGUAUCUCUGAUCCAUGGUUCUGUAAUCCUCAAGAUUUGGACCACGGUGUUUUGAUUGUUGGUUAUGGUGUUGGUAAGAGCUGGCUCGGUUCUGAAGAGAAUUAUUGGAUUGUUAAGAACUCUUGGGGUUCAGAUUGGGGUGAAGAUGGAUAUUUCCGUAUUAUUCGUGGUAAGGGCAAGUGCGGUUUGAACUCUGUUCCAUCCUCCUCAAUUGUUUAA